UCACGUAAAGUGUACUUUCCAAUUUACAUAUUUUUGUGUAUUUUUUUAAUUAUUUACCAAUUCGCGCUUUGAACGGUACCUUUAUCACCAUCUAGAGGCAGAUGAAGAAACUAAAGCCAUGAAAGAUUAUGGUUUAUUAAUAAAAUAAACAAUUUUUGCGCUAUAUUCACGCGAUAACAAUAAGUGGAAUAAUAGCAUUAUAAUUUCUUUAAAUGUUGAGAUCAAUGAAUAAAAAAAAUUUCAUCUUAUGCAUUUAGCAAUAGCCCGCCCAAAACUUUUGGCCCAGAUUUUGCUUAGUUUUCCUCGAUUAUCAGACUUUUACAACUUGUUAUGUUACUCAUAAACAUUCUGUAAAUGAUAUAUUGCAAGAACAGCAAUAUAGAUUAUUUUUUAUAGCCGUAUAAUCGAAUUUAUUGAAUGGUAUUCCAAUGGGUUGCCGUUAGAUGGCUUAUAUUCUGUUCCCUGUUGCAUACGUCAGUGAACAUACGCGUGGCGUUGAGGGAAGCUUCAUAAGUGAUGACCCAUAUCAGAAUUCUUCUUAAAAUUAUACUAUGCAGUACGAUCACAAUUUAGUCAUAUAAUUCAGAACAAUCUGAUUGAAAUACAGUGAGAAUACAAGAAUCUAAUGACUGUGUCGUUUAAGAAUGAUGCAUCUACAACAUGACAUUGCCUGUUGCAUUUCAGUUUUAUUUGUUUUAAGUGCUGCCAGAGCAGAUUUCCAGGAUUAUCUGAAUAGUCAGCAUCGUGCUCUGCAUUUGCCUGAACAGAAAUUUGGUUUGAGCGAGUAUUCUGAUAAUGAAUAUUCUGAUAAUGAUGAAAGGGACAGAGAAUCUUCAGCAUUACAGUGGAAUCAAAUGCCUCUAUUGUAUAAGAAUGGUCAUGUACCCAAAACUAUUCCAAAUUCAGAAACACAUAAUUUAGAUGUGCUUGACAAAAAUAUAAUAUGGGAUUCUCAUUGGGCCAAUAAUACAAAGUUUGGUCAAAUAUCAGCAGUGUCAAUAGAUCCAAAUGGCAACAUUGGAAUAUUCCACAGAGCAUCGCGUAUUUGGAAUGGAGAUACAUUUGAUAAUGAAGAUAAAUUUGAUAGAAAUAAGGGACCUAUUCGGGAAAUUACUAUAAUUCUUCUAGAUAAGUCUGGGAAGAAAAUAUCAGAAUGGGGUGGAAACAUGUUUUAUCUACCGCAUGGUUUGACAAUAGACUCUUAUGGAAAUUAUUGGGUUACAGAUGUAGCUUUACAUCAGGUGUUCAAAUUUGAUGCUAAAGAUAUAGCAAUGAUAGAAGAUACCAAAAAGUUGAAGAAAAGACAAUAUAAUCAAGAAAAAAUGUUCUCUAACAAUUAUGAUUCUAAUAGCAUGUUUCAAAACUAUGUUCCUAAACCAUCACUGAUUCUUGGAGAAGCCUUUGAACCUGGUAAUGAUGACAAAAGGUUUUGCAAACCAACUGCAGUGGCUGUAGAGAAUGAUGGUGACUUCUUUGUAAGCGAUGGUUAUUGUAAUUCCAGAAUUAUUAAGUUUAAUGCCAAAGGAGAGAAAAUUUUACAAUGGGGCCGACAUUGGGGCAAAGGAGGAAGCGUGGAUGAACAGGUCCCUCCAACAUAUGCAUUUUACGUACCUCAUUCUCUAGCCCUUGCUGACGAAUUGAAAUUAAUUUUUGUUGCUGACAGAGAAAACGGUCGAAUUUUAUCUUUUUCUACAAGCGAUGGAGUUUUUCAUAAAGAAUAUAAACACCCUACUAUCGGUACAAAGAUUUAUGGUGUGGCAUAUACUAAAGAUAAACUUUAUCUAAUAAAUGGUCCUGAUCCAAACACAAAUUAUAAUGUCCAUAUCCGAGGAUUUGUGCUAGAUAUUUAUUCUGGGAAUAUAUUAUCUCAAUUUGCACCGAAACACGACAUGGACAGACCUCAUGAUAUAGCUGUGUCUGACGAUGCUUCGGAAAUAUAUGUAGUAGAAUUGAACAUACAAACUGUUUACAGAUUUUUACAAGAUAUAGAUUCAUCAGAACAAACUGGGAAUUCAGUGGCGCACACAAAUCCUCGUCAUGAACUAUCACCAUUAACGGAUACUAACUCUGAUAAUCUUUCAUCUGGAGGUACUACAACAGCAACAUUAGUCUUAUCCCUUGUUACAGCAGCAGUCAUUUUUAUUGCCCUCUGUGUAGCAAUUGCUGCAGUUGUAGCAAGAUGUCAAAAAAGAGGAUGUUUGUUAAUAAUGCGCAAACGAAUGCAUUGGGAAGCUGAGAGGCGAGGAAACUUUAAACUCUCAGGUCUGUUGGAAAACAGAAGAGGCAAAAGCUUCAAGAUAUUGGAGAAACGACCAAAUCCGCGAGACUUUAGUAAAUUGAACACGGAACCAGAAACAUCAGAGGAUGAACAUCCCGAAAACAGUUUUACAAAAAUCAUUUAAUUCUAUCAAACAGUUUUGACAAAUUCGCUUUCAUUUUCAAUGUAUUACGUAUGCACGAUGCAGAUUUGAAUUUGAGACGCCAUGACGCUUACCUUUUAUGACGGACGUUUGAAUUCGAAGCCUCAUCAGACACCUCAUAACUGUUGUCCUCUGACUUCCAAACACUUGAUUAUUCAGUUAAGUAUGCUAAACCGUUUUAAUUUAAACAAACCAAAAUAAUGAAACUGAUUUAUAUUCGCUAAAAAUGUGAUAUAAUAUCAGCGCGGCACAAUUUCGCCGUGUAUUCGUACACUACCGCCAUCGUAGCUCACCAAACGACGCGUCGUCAGCCAUAACCGGAAGUACCCGAAUGCGUCAUCAUUUGUUUCUUAAAUAUUGUUAAUUAAUAUAUUUGAAUUUAUUUUAUUUUAUUUAAUGCAAAAUAUGAUUACUAUGAAUUUUUAAAAAAUAACUACGCCAAAAAAAGUAUUAUAAUCUUCCUCUUAUAUUUAAAAACAAGAUAUUGCGUAGUACGAUAUAUACGUGCGUGCGUCUGGGUGUUCUGCGUGGUAAAGCGUUAUUCAAAAUGAAGUUCCGUUCCCGCUUUUUCCGUUAGUUGAAUAUUAGAGUUAAAAGUUGUCUUCAACAAUCGCCUUUUGCUAAUACAGUGCAAUUAGUAAUUUUAAAGAACUGUCGAUAUUUGAAAUAUUGCGUUUUUCUAUCAGUACAUUAUUUUCGCGAUCAAUCUUAUAAAUUAGUUUGUGACUAGUGCAAAUAAGAGCUCAAACUUUUCUGUGAAGAUAUACAACAGCAGGUCCAUGAAACAUUCCAGCACCGCAAAGAUCGGAGCUCAUUGGACCAAACGGAGGCAGACCAUGCGAUGGUAGCAGAGUGCCCGUGGAACGGUAAAUCGGCGCAGACUUCUUCCGUUUUUUCCACUUUGCUCGGCGAUUUUGAAACCACACCUGAAAACGUUCAAGUGAGAACAGCUGCAACUCCACCGGCGGCGGCAGCGACGAGGAACUCGGCACAGGCUGCGGGGACGAUU